AAUGUUACAACUCCAUUUUGUGAAAGAUUAUUUAGUAACAGACCCUCUGCAAUACCGACUUUUGGUUUGAGAGUAAGAAAGCUCUUAUCUGACCUAAACCUAGAAGACUUUAAUAUUUUACCUGCGAGCGAAUUAAGACCUCCUUGGGACGUCAUUUCUCUCCAAACUAUUGAUAUUUUUAACAAUCUGACAAAAGCACAAACUGCUGCUGACAUUUACUUACAGCUUUUUAAUUCACACCAAGAACAAUAUAGUAAUUUUAAUUCAAUUUUUACAGAUGGCUCUAAAGGCCUUGACCAUGUUGCAAGCGCAGUUGUUACCCCUAUCUCCACAAUAUCUGAAAAAUUACAUUCAAAAUGCUCCGUAUUUACAUCUGAAUGCCAUGCGGUUUAUCUGGCUCUUCAAUUUAUUUAUUCUCAAAGGUUGAAAAAAUGGAUAAUAUAUUCAGAUUCAAAAAGUGUUAUAGUUGCCUUACAAAAUAAAGAACUGAAUACACAUUCUAUUAUAAAUAAUAUUUUAAACUUAUACAGCAAUUUACUCCUAAAAGAAUAUGCCAUAAUUUUCUGUUGGGUACCAGGCCAUGCUGGCAUUUCGGGUAAUGAAGCAGCAGAUAAAGUGGCUAAGUCAACAAACAAUGUAACAAACAACCCCCUUACCUACACAGAUAUCAAAAAUGCAAUUGACAAUGAACAGUAUUUACACUGGCAAAAUGAUUGGGAAAAUGAAAUAAAUAAUAAAUUGCACGACAUUAAACCUUCUAUUAAAUCUUAUAAAGGUCUAAACAUUAGUCGAAAGCAGGAAGUAAUAUUAAAUCGCCUGCGCAUUGGUCACUCUCGAGUAACCCAUAAACAUCUUUUAUUAAACGAAACUGCACCCUAAUGUUCUCAUUGUGGAGAAGAGCUCACUAUUAGACAUAUUUUAACAAAGUGUAACGAACUUAUCUAUUCCAGUACUGUUUGCACAAAGUAGAACAGUUAACCGCUGUUUUGAUUUUUUACCGCCUUUACAAUUUUCUCCCUUAAAUGCCAUUGUUUUAUCUGGCAUGAGCUGAUAAAAUAAGCCUGUUUCAUCAGCAUUGUACACGUUUUCUGGAGAAUAAGUUUUUUCAAUAGUCUCUUUUUCUCUUUGCUUCCAGGAUGCAACAUCAUUGACUGGAGCUGACUUUUCUUCACCUGAGAUGGUUUUAAAUACAAUACCAUGACGUUUUCGAAAUGAUGUAAUCCACCCAUUGCUGGCUUUAAUCUCGUUGUUGCCUAGCAAAGACGCAAAUGUUCUUGCUUUUUCUGCAAUCAUUGGACCACUAAUUGCCACAUUUUGUUGUCUCAUUUCGUGGAACCAUCUUAGGGUAGCUUUGUCUACAUCCUCAUUA